CUUAGGCCAGCCCACCAACUUCCACCAUCAUCCAAUUCCCCUUAUUAAAGGCCAUCCUAUCUCGGCUUUCUUCCCCUUGAACUCUCCUCCUCAUCCUCCACAUAACACCUCCAUCAGUGUCUUCGCUUGUUCUUUGUUCGUCUUCUUUCUCUGCCAUUGACAACAUUCAGUGCUAUGCGCAGAACCAUAGAGUACUGCGACUUGAGACUUGUGCUGGUUCAAUUCGUUGAAGAGACCGCUCUCUUCUUGUCUCUCAUGGUCAAGUGGCUGCUCCUUCCCUCCUACGGCUGGUGGCCUGCUGCUGCUAUUUCCUCCUCUUCGGAAGACAGCACCAUCGCCGAGGCCAAAGCUCGUCACUGCGCCGCGGCCCGGGCGGUGAGGGAGAGCCUACACGUCUCGACCUACGCCGAGCUGGUAGGAGAGCAGGAAGAGUCAGCCACGGCCGACGCAGCAGCAGCAGCAGCAGCAACGACGUGCGCGGUGUGCCUGAGCGAGGUGGGGAGGCAGGACAGCGUGUGGGAGCUGCGGAACUGCAGGCACGUGUUCCACCAUGGCUGCCUGGACCGGUGGCUCGACCACGACGAGCACCUCAGCUGCCCGCUCUGCCGCGCGCCGCUGCUCGCCACGCGGCCAUCCGCUUCUCCUCCUCCUCCCCCGCCGGCAUCGGAGCCCAGCUGGGCCGUGGAGCGCCUUCUCUACCUCUUCGGGGACGACCUCCUCCUCGCAUCUCCUACAUAGCUUCAUGCUCCGUUACAUCACAUGGAGCUCAGUCGGUUUUUGGUUCAUCGAGGGGUUUGUUUACAUGCAUAUAGCAUCCAAAAGAGCAAGUGUUAUAUACAUAUUUAGAUUCUUCAUUAGAAGAUUACCAAUGAAACUUAGUAUUCUUCUUA